GAACCAAUGGAGACGCUAAAUGCAUCAUAACCAAUGAGAACUCGGAUUGGGCGGGAUUAAAGACAGGAAAGGGCUGCUAAUUGGACAGAGGUAUCUUACGAAUGGCGGAGACGCUGAGGCGGGUGCUAAACCUGGGCACCUCAGCAAGGUCCGGGGACGAGGACACAGCUGAGGCUGGACCGCCUUUGCUGCUGCUCGGCGGUCCAGGGUCUGGAAAGACAGCGCUGCUCUUCGCGGCGGCCCUGGAAGCGGCAGGAGAGGGCCGAGGCCCCGUCCUCUUUCUGACCCGAAGACCUCUUCAAAGCCUGCCCCCCGGAACAGGCGCAGCGCUCGACCCCCUGCGGCUACAGAAGAUCCGCUUCCAGUACCCACCGUCAAUCCAGGAACUCCUUCAAUUUCUGUGCUCUGCUCACGAGGCCCGGGGCCCAGCCCCUUCCCUGCUGCUGCUGGAUGGCCUGGAGGAGUACCUAGUGGAAGACCUGGGACCCCAGGACACCGCCUACCUGGCUGCCUUGCUUCUAGACACAGCUGCCCACUACAGCCACCAGACUGGGCCUGGCCAGGGCUGUGGGCUCAUUGUGGCCCUGCAGACCCAGGAGGAGGGAGUCAGUGGGGAUGGCCUGCUGGUGUCCCUGCUCCAGCGCUAUUUCCCUGCCCAGUGCUGGCUGCAGGCAGAGACCCCAGACCCAGGACAGCACUGCCUCCGAGCCUGCCUGGAUCCAGGUGGGCUGGGGCCUAGGGCAGAGUGGUGCGUUGUUUUCCGGCCAAAUGGAGAGAUGCAGGUCACCCCAUGGCCUGCCCAGGCUGGUGACCCCAGCUUAGACAAAGGUUCAAGCUCUGGAGGCCAGCCUUGAGCUUCGGUGUGUGACAACCUCUCUAUGCCUGUUUCCCAUGGCUAGAAUACUAACUUCAGGGACACGUGCAGAACCAAAGCCCUAAAGAAUAUAAAGUGUUUCUUUUUAAAAAAAAAAAAUAGCACUUUCAGGUGCCUAGGUGGCUCA